GUAGUUGCUUUGACAGACGGGAACUAGCUCUGUCUGUAGCAGAAGAUUUAACUAAUUUAACCUGAGUGACACAGAAAGCGUUGUUUACAAAUGAGGGCAAUGGUGGGCGUUUACACAGUGACAGACAGUAACCUGUCAAAUUAGCGCCGAGACGAGCAGUUAAUCCAUACGAUGAACACGGAAGAUAAGUUGGAAGGCAUGCUGUUGAAGUGCAGCAGUGGAGGGCUGGAUGGAGGAGGAAGAGUGGGGCUGGGCAGUGGAGCAGGGUUGGUGGUCAUGACACUUGGGGAGCGAUCUCUGGUUAACCAUCCCAUUCUGGCAGAGGAUGAAGAUGAUGAAGACGAUGAUGAUGAUUUGACAGGGAGCUCGCUGGUCACUCACGACCUGGUCCCCCCAGAGCAGCUCAUGAUGCAGGAGGAUAUAUCAAAGAGCGGCGGUGAUGAGGAAAGUGAUGUGGCCACACAGUUCCCUCUAAAACUUACAAAUAAGCUCCCAUGUUUGCUUCAUAUGCCGUUAACCAUAAAACAGGAAUUGAAGCUGACAGAGUCUUCAAUAAAAAAGGACAAGAAAGCAGUAAAAGACCUAAUGUUGUGUCCCAAAAAGAAGAAAAGGAAGCAGCGCUCGCCAGCUAAAAUUCUCACAGUUAAUGAGGAUGGCUCAAUGGGUAUGCAGAGCCCCAAGUGCCACGUGUGUAUUCAUUGUAAUGCUGCAUUUCGAACCAACUAUCAUCUGCAGCGGCACGUCUUCAUUCACACAGGAGAGAAGCCCUUCCAGUGCACCCAGUGUGACAUGCGCUUCAUUCAAAAAUAUCUUCUGCAGAGACAUGAAAAAAUCCACACAGGCGAGAAGCCAUUUCGAUGCGAUGAAUGUGGCAUGAGAUUUAUCCAGAAGUAUCACAUGGAACGACACAAAAGGACCCACAGCGGGGAGAAGCCCUAUCAGUGUGAUUAUUGUCACCAGUACUUUUCCAGGACAGACAGGGUUUUGAAGCACAGGCGAAUGUGUCAUGAGAACAAAGAGAAAAAGAGCAGCAAGGCGGCUGGGAAAGUUGGACCUCCACGUGAACCAGAUUCUUUAAAUGUAUCGUUUCUUGCCAAAGAGUGUUCACUGCCUAAAAAGAAGCGCCAAAAGUGUGCAGACAAAACACUGACUUCUGAGACUAUCAUCACCACUCAUACAGAAGGGCAUCAGGUCACUGUCGCAGAAACAGAGGAGAAAGAAGAGCAGAGAGAAAAUAAAAUGGAAGGCCUACCUCUUUACACAGUGUCCUCCAAAGUUAAACAUGAGUAUGUGAUGGCAGACUAUUCCAUGGACCUCCCAGAGGAGUCUACAGGCCAAAAUCAGGUUGAAGAUGAGCUGUCAGAAGAGACUACUCCUCCCAAAUUAGUGUUGAAGAAAAUCUCCAAAAGAAUCAUCAAACAGUCCAGUGAACAAGCCACCCCCUCUCUGUCCACGCUGUCUUCCUUUGAAGAGAAUGGCAAAGUUACACAAUAUACAUUUGAAAUUGUGGAUAAACAAGGCCUUUUGGAUGUAGAUGGAAAUACUGAGCUUGAAUCGGUAGAAACUCUUCAGGGAGGGCCGACAAAACCUGCUCUCAGCAGCACAAACUAUGAUGACGCCAUGCAGUUUCUAAAGAAGAAGAGGUACCUUCAGGCUGCUGUGACCAACAACAGUCGAGAUUAUAAUCUGAGCUCCAACAACAUGUCGUCUCAGACACCUGUCAAUCAAACAGUCGUGUCUACUGUGAUCGAUGAGACUGUCCCUGCCACAAUAUUAGAGCCUCAACCCCUCAACACUGACAUCAAGACUCAUGAGAAGAGCGUGCUCCCAGAUGAAGUCCUCCAGACACUGCUGGACCACUACUCCAAUAAGGCCAAUGGGCAGGCAGACAUCUCCUUCAGUGUAGCAGACACAGAAGUCACUUCCAGUAUUUCCAUAAAUUCAUCGGACGUUUCAGACAGCAGUCCUGUGGAGAGUCUGGCAGCCUCCUCUGCUCACGCUCAGCCCACCACAGAGAAGGUCAGUCUUCUGCAGGAAUACUCCAAGUUCCUCCAACAAGCUUUGGAGAGGACCAGCCAGAACGACAGCUACCUGACCAACCAAAGCCUCAGCCUGGUGUCGGAGAGCCCCCCUUUAGCAGGACAGCCACUGUUCGCCACAGACAAACAGUUUCCAUCUCCCAGCAGGUUCAAAUCAGGGAUGAGUUCUCCACUAAGGUCCACUUUAGACAAGCCUCAUUUUGGAUUACUGGUGGGAGACUCGCAGCACUCGUUUUCGUUUUCAGGAGAUGAGACCACGCCCCCCUCAGCCGUGUCCCCCGCUGACGACGACUUUCUGGAUCAGGUCUCUCCCAAAAAGUCAGAUUCAACACAAGGGAUUCUUCAGACAUUUCAGAUUAGCUCCUUUGACCAGAACUUCAAGUCACACUUCCAGACGUCCAGAUCUGGAUCCACCUCACAGUUUACUGUUGCCAAUGGACAGGUGAGUCUGCGAGGACAUGGCACAGACUUCUCAGAGUUCACUUUAGUUCGAGAGACCAGAUCACAACUCAACUCCUCCCCCGAUGUCUCUUCCAGUGAAACUUUCUGAAGGAAGAGGCUACAAAUUCACUCUCAGCAGCACUUUAUCUUAUGUUUUCUGUUUUUGCCAAAUCAUGUCCCUGUGCAUCGUCAUGCCUUUCUCAAAGAAAGACAUUUUAUGUUUUACUUUAAGUUGAAUAUUAAGUUUAGCACCCCCCACUUUAGGAACAAAUUUGUACACAAGAAUGUUUGACUUAUACAACAUAUGCAUGAAAUAAUUGAGCUACCAAAGCAUAGAUAUUUUGUCAAAUUAUUCCCGUAUUGCUACAAUUUGCCUAUUUUUAUUUUUCAAUCUGCAAUAACAAUAAUGACUUACUUUAAUUUAAUAAUUAGUUAACAAUGCCUUGUUGCUGCCUGAUGGCUAUGGCUACCUCCCUCUCCAAACCUUUACAGUAACAUUCAUAAAUCUAAUAGUAUUCAGACUACUAGUACUUGUAUAUUCACAAGUGAAUGAGUUUAAUGUAAGUAGCGUUGGUAUAGUCAUCCAACAGUGUUGACUGUUUGACUUGUGUGUAUGGUAUUGAUACCAUGCUUAAUGUUAAUAUUGUUGUAAGAUACAUUUGCCUUUAGAAAUUACAAUCUCCUCUCUGUUAGUCACUUUACUGUCACCUUGAAUUGGUGUUAGAUGCUAUUUAUUUUUUGCCCCUUUUUAAAUAGUGGUUAGAGCCUACAAAAAUCUAAAUUGGUAUCAAAGAGCUGCAAACAUGAAAUGAUUGCAGGAUAAAUGUGAUUUUCAAUCGAGCUGCAGUGGAAAUACUUCAAAAGGAUUGUGCAUAAAUUCUGCACAAUUUGCACAUUUUUACUGUAGAGAAUGUCAAUGGUAAGGUUAAUUAUUACAUUUGUAAGAAAAAAGUCCUAUGUCCUGAAUGUAAAUUUGAGUUAUUUGAAACUCAAGGUGAUACUUUGUUUUAAUGACUUUUAUAGAUGCAGUUUUUAGACUGGAAUAAGCGCGUUAAGAAAAUUGAACUUUUAUGUUUUGUAGUCUCCCAGAUUGAUUAAGACCUGCAUCUGUGCCUUUCUUUUCUUUUAUUCUCGCCUUUUCUGUGUUAUUCUGUUUGUACACUUUAUAUCUAGGUCAGUGACUUAAGGCAAAUAAUUCCACUUGCACAACAAAUAAGCUAUCUUUCUUGCAGCCUGUAAUCUUACAUGGAGGUUUAUUUAAACCAGCAUGCCUCUCUUAUUUUAUUCAGUUGCAAUAAGUGGCACACAGCUAAUAUUUUUAGCAGGAUACCGGUAGGAAAUAAUGUUUCUGAUAUGUUGUACAUCUGUACAUAUUGUGUUGGCAUCACCCGCUUGCUUGUGAUUACCUUUGUUAGGCCUUGUGCAUAUGAUGCCAUUUAAAUGGUAUAGUCCUCAUAGACAGGCAAAUGUCAGUGAAUCUGAACAUUAUGGAACAACCUUUCAAGUGUGAUAUUGAAUUUGUAGAAAACUAGUUCUAGUAAGUGUUCAUCAAAAAUCAUACGACAUAUGAUGUCUAAAAUGUCCUUGUUGAUGCUCUCUCCCUCUUGGACAGAUUAGCACACAGAGUUUGGGAGCUCUUGUGGCUUAAAUAAUGUUAAUAA